AUUUGGAUGAUGAAGGCACCAGCAACAGCUAUGCGAAGAUCCAAUAACAAAUCUAAAGACUUUGUGACAAUGUCCACCAGCGCCGUAUGGUUUGUUUAUCUAAUGCUAAUAUUGAUGCACUGCUUGUGGAUUGAUGGCAUAGAGGCGAGACAACAACAACACGGCGACAAACAAAUAAACGAAGCUGGACACCACAGAAGACGCAGUGGAGUUGAUGGAGGAGGAGGAGCUGCCGGAAGGAGAGUAAAAAAUAUUGACAAUAGCUCACCCUAUGAAGUUUAUCCACACAAGAAGAAUAACAGACAACGCGACAAUGUUAGUCAUCGUAAUGCAUUUGGACCGAAUGGCAUGGACGAUGGUGAUGGUGGUCUUGGUAUAGAUAAUGGUGGUGAUAGGGGUCGUGGUGGUGGCCAUGGUCAGGGCAACAAGCGACGUAAUCGUCUAAAUGAAAACCGACCCGAACAUCAACGGAAACACCGUCAUCGUAAACGCAAUCGCUCGAAUUCGCCCAAAGACAACCUCUCGCUGUGGAUCAACGAACAGCAGCUAAAAAUGUUAACGGCUCUAUUCUUUCCUCAAGGUUAUAUCCAAGAUCGGGUCUAUGCCAUACACAAUGGGCAUGUAAUGAACGAUAUACGGGAUGGGCGGAUUUACGAGUAUCUCAUUAUACCGCCCGAGGUGAAUCAUGUAAAUUUUACCUGGAAAUCUGGACCGGCAAAAUAUUUCUAUCAUUUCGAUUUGCUGGAAUCGAUGGAUGAGAAUAUUUUAAAGGCGCCAACGGUUUCGAUUAAAAUCAAGGGUCGCAUACCCAAAGAGGAAAAGAAUUUCAGCGUUUUCCUACCUUGCAGUGGCAAUAACUCUGGCACGGCCAUGUUCAAUGUUGGUCUCACCAUACACAAUGGUAAUAAUGUAACGCUGCCCGGUACUCCCAUCCGUUUGCAUUUCAAAAAGGAGUGUGCACAUAGAGGUGUGUAUGACAACCCCGACACGACAAAUCCCACACAAAACACCUCUCUCCAAGGUCCUGAUCCCGAGUGUCAUCUGAAGUGUGGUGAACAUGGUUUCUGCAAUCAUCGCAAUAUUUGUCAAUGUCAUUCCGGUUAUAUUGGUCAGUAUUGUGAGAAGGCUUUCUGUUUUCCCCAGUGUAUGAAUGGUGGUAAUUGUACAGCGCCAUCGGUAUGCACAUGCCCGGAUGGUUAUCAAGGAACACAGUGUGAAGGGGGUAUAUGCUCCCAAAAAUGCUUAAAUGGUGGCAAAUGUGUUCAGAAGGAUAAAUGCGAAUGUCGUCGAGGUUACUAUGGGCUACGCUGUGAAAUUUCUAAAUGUGAAAUAUCCUGCAUGCAUGGUGGCCGCUGUAUUGGCACAAAUUUAUGUCGCUGUGCCGAGGGUCUCAGUGGCAAUCAUUGUGAAAUUGGACGACGCCUCCGAACAAACUGCAAACGAAAAUGUAAACAUGGCGAGUGUAUGCCGAAUAAGACAUGUAAAUGUAAGGAAGGCUAUUAUGGACGAUAUUGCAAUCAGCGCGUUAAAAAACAUUGAACCCAUAUGAAGAUCACAGAUGUUCGGGUCAAUUAUAAA